UCCCCCUCAUCAUCAUCUCAAAUAGUUUCUGAGCAUGACCAGUUCUUUAAUUCCAUCUAGUACUCUCUUAUCCUCUUCCCAGAUGAGGUCAAUCUCCUCCUUGGAUUUCUACUUGUUUUUUAGCCCUUCACUCAGAUAGCUGUGGAUAACAGUCACUCUCCCUCGUCCUCUCCCUCUCCUUACAUAUAUCUCCCUUUCUUCUCUUCAUCUUUUCCGCAAUUAAACUAAAUCAUUUCCUUUGAUGAGUUCACUAGCUAGAUCUCUUUUCUAUAUAUAAUACAUUAGUUACAUUCCUUUUUUUUGUCCUUUAUCUAAGUUUUAGUAGAUCAGAUGUAUCAUAAACAGACUUUCCCUUGUCUCCAUUGCCAUCCUAGUACUUACAUUCGAAUGGUUCAGCACCUGAUAGAAAAAUGUUUGAUUCUUCGCAUGGACCGGGAUGAAUGCAUGGAUGCCUUAUACAGGCACGCUGGCAUUCGGCCUCUGGUAACUCUUACAGUAUGGAGAGAGCUACUAAAAGAGAACAGAGAAUUCUUCCAUGCAUACUCUCCAAAGCCCCGUACAAGUAAUUAUCUACGGAGGGUGUCGCGAUUUGGGAGAAAGAAUUAUUGGAAGUGAAGGGGCAAGUGCAGACUGAUGGUGAAAUUUCUUACUGAUGAACAAGUGAGACGAUGAAUGAUACAUUUACAUGUUCAUAUGGGAGGUGGUAGUGGUAUAUAUGCAGCUGCUAUUUGCAUCAGUACUCAGCUGCAGACUGGCAGUUAGCCUAGAGCGUGUAUUUGUGUUUCCUCGUAUAUGUCAGGUUAGCUACUAGCUAGGUAGGACAAUAAGAAUGGUUAAGAUUAUUCUGUAAUUCAUUGUUCAUGCAUAUAUGUCGAUGUGUAUCAAGUGUUCUCAUUGACACUGCUGCUUUGUAACUCCAAUCUUCCGGUUC